AUCGUCAGUUGAAGGGGUGCUGUUACAUUUAUUUGCAUUAUUUAAAUUAAAUUUAAAUAUGGUAAGAUUUACACAGUCCAGUGAUUAUCACAGGAUUAUCACCCCCAAUCCCCCCAAAAUCCUACAGGAAGCUCAAUACACUGACGUCAUCCAGGGGCGCCACUAGGUUUUCACGUAAUAGGCUGUGAAAUGGGCACAAAUUAACAUCUAUGUCUGAUUUGUUAAAAAAGUAAUCAUAUCAAGUCCCAAAGGACCACAAAACACUGGGUACAGCACCACAAUGACAUGGAGAGGUGUGGCGGUUGACAUCAGCAGGAACUUUCCAGAGCUAGUUCCAGUGGCACAGUCUCCAUCCUCCCAGCUGGCAAACUUUGCCCUCUGCACACUGCAGUGAGACGGAACCCCCACUCCCCCCCACAAACACCGUCCGGGACUACCAUGAAGCCCACGCAUGAGCGCAACCAGGAGUGCUUGCCACCCAAAAAGCGAGACCUGCCAGUCAGCAGCACCAGCAGUGGCACGGGGGGAGGAGGGGGUGCGGGUGCGAGUGGAGGGGAUGAAGGCACUCCCACUCACAGUUCGAUCGCUACCUGUAGUGAAAGCCAGGGGGGAGGCACAACUCCUGGGGAGUGGAUGCGGGUCCAGUCCAGCCUGCAGUACAGUGCAGAAAAUGCUGAUGGCAUCAGUGUUCCCGUUGACCAGUACAGCAUGCUCUAUAAAGUAGCCCUCCCCUCAGUCACCUACUCCCCUACCAACCUUCACCCGGUGUUAAGCCACAUCUCUCCUGCCUACACUGUCCCCUCCCCACUCCUGCAGCAUCCUGGGAUCCCCUAUUCCCCUCUUGGAUACGCCCAGAUCCCCCACUCAUCCCUGCAGUUUGUGAGUUCCCCUUAUGCGGUUCCUUAUGCUGUUCCACCCGGCUUUGUCCCCAGCUCCCUGAUCUCCCAGCAGUCUGCCAUCCCACAGGGCCCCCAUGUCUCCCACCUGGUUCCCUACCCCUCGGUCAUUCAGGAGGGCGUGGUCUCCCCUGCCUCUCAGCCUCCGACCUCGGCCCACGCCUUCGCCAAAGUGGCCGCGGCCGGCAGCGUUCCGCUGGUGCUGGCCCCGGAGCAGGCCGCAGCCCAGCAGCACCUGGGCCCUGGGGGUGGGCUGGCUGCUGGCGAGGUCAGCCCCAGGGGUGUAACGGCCUUCUACCACCACCCCGGCUCCAGAGCUGUCUCGGUAUCCACGGCAACCGCCUACAGAGAGGCACGCGGCACCCAGGAAGUCAACGGCGGAGAGGAGGGAAGGGGAGGGAGGGAGCUGCUGCAGGACUCUGUGUACUCCCCCAGGGGUGUGCGGCCAGCACAUGUUGCGCCCGGCUCCAGUGCAGCAGACAGCCCGCAGGACAGGCCCCUCGGGGCCCGCAGAUACGAGGAAAGGGGCUCGCCAGGCCGCCGCAGCACUCCGGACACGGACCUGGAGGUUCAGCAAGUGGUUGGACGUCUAACUUCUCCUAACCAAGGUAUGAGUGGGGGCCAUAAAGAGGAACCACUGGGCCCCCUGAACUUGUCCCAGAGUUCCCAGAGGAGUUGGCAGGCCCUGCCAGCGGCCUGUGUGGAGAACAUGGUGGGUCUAGGCAAGCCUUUGUAUGAGGCACACCCAGCAGGAGCCGGUGACCCAAGAGUAGCGAUCCAUCAGCAGCUGGCACAGCCUGCCCGCCAUGCCGUGAUGCUGGCCAAUGGGCAGCCAGUUCUCGUCCCCCUGGACUACAAGCAGCAGCAGCAUUACGCAAGCCUAACCAAUGAUGUGGUCACCACUGCAGCAGUCAUGCCGGUGAAGCACUCAAAAGCUUUCGAUUCUCCAGCCCAAAUGCACCCCCCUGACAGGGCCCCAGUGGAGCUGGCACACCAGCAGCUGCAGGUGCAGCCUGGCCCUGCUGUCCCAGUCCCAGUCCCUCUUGCUCUCCCUGUUCCAGUCCAAAGCCAGGCUCCUCCGUCCCUCACCCAGAAUCCCUCGCACUUCAUGAAGGGAGCCAUCAUUCAGCUGGCCACUGGGGAGCUGAAGCGGGUGGAGGACUUGCAGACCCAGGACUUUGUGAGGAGCGCAGAGGUGAGCGGCGGCCUGAAGAUCGACUCCAGCAUGGUGGUGGACAUCCGUAAAAGCCAGCAGAAGCCGGGCCUCAUGACCCUGCACUUCACUGUCGGGGAGCAGCAGAACAAGGUGACCAUUGACGUUCCCCCCGAGCACCCUUUUUUUGUCUUUGGACAGGGCUGGUCCUCAUGCAGUCCCGAAGGCACAGCCAAGUUAUACGGGCUGGCCUGUCACCACUUGCAAGUUGGGGAUGUCUGUGUGUCUAUUGCUUUACAACAACCACAACGGCAGGAGAAACCACUGCUUCAACAGCAGCAGCAAUCAUCCAGGACACCCACCAAAGUCAGUUCUACCACCAGUGUGAUCACCCAGUCCAUGGGGCCACCCGCUCCCCAACAUUUAAGGCCACCAGCACAGUGUAGAGCAGAGAGCAGCCACCGGGAGAGGGAACGCGGGGAGGAGGAGGAGGAACCCAUGCAGGUAAGGGGCGGGGGUCAUGGGGACACACCCUCCCGCCCAGACAGGACUUCAGCAGAGCACACCAGAAGCCUGAGCAGCAACUAUUUGCACACGGAAGGCAGCCCCCGAACAGUGGCUGCGAUGAGGGGGCUGUCGUCAUCGAUAAUCGGAGCUCAGAGGCACUGGUCAGUCCCUAGCUUCCAAAGAUAUGGGACCAUGGAUGAGGAAGAGGCCCAUCUUUCUUCAUCAGGCUCCUCACGACCCUCCUUCAUCCCUCAGGAGGUCAAGUUGUCCAUCGAGGGGCGCUCUAAUGCGGGAAAGUAGCAACAGCAGUAGCAACCGCAGGAGGAGGCUGUCUGAAGAGUGAAUGCGUUAAAUGAGCAGAAAAUGACAGGCAAAAACGGUAGCUUCAGAAUAUUUGGGAUUUUGCACACUCAUGAAGGUUAGAAUCUCUCUAUGAAUAUGUCAUGAUAACAGUUCAGAAUCUUCUGUGGUCAGGCCGGCCUGGGCUGGAGUUCAGUUGACUACACAAGGUGUUAUCAUGACAAGAAAAUAACACGCAAGGUAACCAAAGUUUGGUUCUUUGGUAACAGGUUUGGUUAUGAGUUGUUCACAAGAGCCCUGAAAAAUGUAAGCGUGGGCCCCUGCUUGACCUCUGCUUAAUGGACAGUUGAGGACCAUUAGCAGUGGUUACAGUAUUAACCAAAGCCUCCACAAUCUGUGUGCUGUCCAGUGGAUGGGUUCCAGUCUGAUCUGAGGUAAUUAUGGCGUUGAAGAGAAUCUCCUCACCUUUGACCAAAAUCACACACACAAACCCAAGACUGAACAGAAUGUGUGGCUGCACUGGGGUGAAGAUAGAGUAGUCUGUCAGACACUGAUUCUGGUGAAGUGAUAAAAUCACUGCACCUCUUGUGCUAUAAACUAUGUGGGGGAAUUCUCCAGAAAAACCUUAUUUUUUAAUCUUGCAAAUCAUUGGUCAUUGUGUUAGAUAUUGAUUCCAUAUUUUUUUCCACAUUUUCUUUCCUUUAAAUAAUUUUCCUUUGCCAAAAGGCUCUCGGUAUGUAAUGGUUUUUGGGCACAUCUCUCAGAUUAGAUGUUAUGCUGCUGCUUAUUGCACUUGCUUCUUCUGUGCUACUCCUCAAAGUGUGACUCUGCUAAAGUAGUUCCCUGCUUGGCACGGGGCACACAUGGUUUCAAUUGUGGUGAAUCAGUACCAACAGACUUAUGCCCUCCCCUAACACCAGUGUUUACAGUCUGUGUAUGAUGUGCCUCAUCUUUCUGUUUGUUUCUUUACUGUUCCUGCAUUCCAUUAACACAUCGGUUGUUACCCUUUAUAUAGAACUCACUGCAGUAUGUUCACAAAUCACAAUGUACCCACCAAGAGUGAGUGGAGGCAGGGCCUUCAAUACCUCAUUUCUCAGCUUAGCUGCUGACUGUUUACCAUCACGAAAAUAAUCCUUACCAAGGUAACUUCAGUAGGACUAACCUAAACCCAAAGAUGGAACACAGAGCUUUUUUUUUUGGCAAAUUUGCCACUUGCCCUACAAAUUCUUUGCUUUGAGUUGGUCUUUUUGAAGUUAGUCAGGUGAGGAUUCUUUUGUGCAUUUGUCCUGGCUGUUGGACACUAGUCUGUUCUUCUUCACAGUAGCUGGCCUAAAUGUGUCUGGCACUGUUUUUGGGUUGUUUGCUCUUGUUACAUCUUUGUCAUGUGUGCAGGAUUAGGCCUCCACUGAAGUCAUCCAUCUCUUCAAACCAUCUUCAAGGAUCUGGGGCUAGGGGUGAUUAUCUGCGUGCUGGAUUUGGAAUUAUGUCCUUAAGAUCCAAGUACCAUUUGGAAACACUGACUGUAGUGUCAUGACUCACAUGUGGUUGGAAACUUUGUGGAGAAGAACACCACUGAUAAAUCUUUUCAUUUCCUGGAUGCUUAAUUACAAUUAUCAUAGCAAUAGUUACUCUUGGGAACAAGGCUUGGUAAGGUUUACUCAACUUGUUGUUUUUGGUAAUGUUCAAAUAUGGACAGCAACUGCAGUACUGGUCAAUAAAGCUAAAGCUGUGCAGUCUUUGCCCAGCCUUGUUUUUUUUUAUUUUUUAUUUUUAAGAGAUGCAGUUUUUUAAACUGGUCUUUUAAUCAGAAUAUGCAGCUGACACUUUCCCUUUGAAGUGUUGGGUUGAGUUUUAGGAGGUUUUCCUGUUUAAAAGAUAAAGGCAAUCAAAGCUCUCUUAUGGCAUUCCAAAGAUCCUUGGAAUGAACUAUAGUCUUACAUGCAAGCAUGUCUAGCAGAAACCUUAAUGGCCCCUUAUUAACGGUGAUAAUUUAUUGCAUUCCUUUAUAGUUUGAUAUGUUUUGAAACAAUUUUAAAAAAUCCUUUUCUGUGGAAGUGAUCUGUGAGUGGUGCUAAAGCUUGUUUUGUGUGUCACACAGUAAACGUUAGCUGGCACACACUUUUUUGACUGAUUUAGCAUGAGAAUCUUUUUUUUAAGAAACUGAUGUCUGUUGCACACUGUUUACGGUUAAAAAAAGAAGAAGAAAUGCUGUAUGUGCUGUUUUCUAAUGCAGAUCUUUCUUUUAUGGUUACUGUAAGACAAUUAAGAACAAGUGCAAUUAGGUUCAGAAUUGACGUUCCUGCACAUUCCCAACAAUAUUGGUAUGAAUCUGCAUAUUCCAAUUUUCUCUUUACUUUUUAUUUUUUACCUUCUCUGUCCUUUGCAGCAUUGUCUCUGUCUGGCUCAUCUGCCUGUAGUUACUGUCCUCAGUCACUUUCCAAAUUACAAACGAUAAACACCAGCAUCGGUCUGGUGCGUUCAGUGUCAAAUAAGACCUCUAAUAGCAAAGAAAAAAGUCAGCAUUAUUUAUCAUGGUUUUUCAUCAAAUUCUUGAAGUGUGGUAAUGUGGAAAUGCUAAAUGUUUCUGCAGUUGUUAUAUAUGUGUAAAAUGUGUGCGGUGUAAACAGACUGGUUUACAAUUAGGCUAUAUAAGAUUGGAUUCCAGUCAUCACUCAGACAAACUCAGACCUGUUGCAAUGCUAGCCAUGGGAUAUAUGUUUUCUGGCGAGUUUGUCAGUUACAAACCUGAAGUUUGUCAUUCGUAAGUUGCUGACCUGAAAGUGGUCAUUGGUUAUUCAUGUUUUCAUUUUGAUGAACCAUUCUUGGCAUAUAAACAUAAUCACUGUAGGCGCUAGUUCAUACAGGGUUAUUAGUACAGGCUGGCCACAGUUUAAAUCUUUUGGUGGCUUGUACUUUUGACAAGGUGGUACUCAAAUAAUUUAAGAUGUCCUACUUUAAAACAAGAGUUAUGCUAAUGUUUUCCUCAUACAAUACAGUAUCUGCUUAAAGUUUUGGUGUAUGCUAUGCAGUGUGAGACCUGAAGUAUCCCACUGUACUUUGUCCAUCCAGACUAACUGAUAAAAUUGAUUUUUAUAUACAAAGUUAUGCGAUGCAAUCAUUGUGCACCAACUAAAUCCUAUUUAUUUCAUUCCUAGGCACCUCUGUCGUGGGCCUUUUGGGGUACUGGUUCUUUAAAUCCAUUACAGAUUUAGCACGAGCUUUCUUUAAUGUUCUGUUACCUCAUCACAUAAUCAACUUGCUCUUACUGCCUGUCUCAGAUAUAACGUUCACAAUAUCUUUCCUCUUGCCAUAUUCAGACACAAUGCGGCAGUUUAAAGAAGUGCAUUGCCUGCUUGUAAUUUAAAAGGCUUUUUAACAUCAAAGUUGAUGUGAGCUGCCCUCUCCCCUUCAAACUGAAGUUUAUUUUUCUGGCCUCUUUUGCUUCCCAAGAUGCUUAUCUUGAACAGUCCAAGUACUCAGGUCGGUAUUGUUCCUUUGCAUGCGUGGAAAAUGAAUGCACAUUGAGGAGAGCAGGAAUUAACGGUUUUUGGUCUUGCACCUCCAAAUCAUAUCAGCCUUCAAAUGGCUCUCAGAAUUAGUGCUGUCUCUUUUUUUAAAAAUUUUUAAAUUUUUUUUGAAUUUUUAGCUCUUUAGUAUUUCCAUCCACUUAGCCCCUUAGUGCUGGUAUAUGUCUGCUGCGGUCUACUCUCUGCUCUGAUUGGUGACUGCACUUGGUUGAAGCUGAAUGAAUUGAAUUUUCCAGAUUAUUUGCGGAAAAAUGAAACCAGCUUUUAGUCGAUUGCAAGGGCUGCCAAAAUGAUCUCGGUACAGCAUGCGCAGUAGAAAAAGAAGACUGAUAGCCUACAUUUUUGAAAUGGCUAAAAGUAGCAGUGAUUUUUAUCGGGGAUGUGUCUGCUUUCCUUCUGUAGCUGAAGUCAUCGAUCUUAUAUGCCAAGAACCAGUAGGAUUUGAUGGGAACACUUACUAAGACAUUGCUGACGUCAGGAGGAUUGAUUCUAAUUUUACCUUUCAUAAUUUAAUCUUGUCCUCAAACCUCUCUAUGUGAAUAGCCAGUCUUAACACACUUUUUCAGCUAUGUUGUCCAUAGUAUUAUUGCCCAGUAUAAUGUUUGAUAGAAUUAGUACCAGACGUUGUCUGACUAAAUGUGUUUUCCUUGGGUUUUUCCUAGCAUAUUUCCCCCAGGAAACCUGACCUUCUUGGCCAUUCAAGUGCUAUACUUAUUGAUUCAACGGUCAAACAGGUACUUUUCCAGGAAGCAACUGAGAAGCUAGCCACAGAAACGAAAUGACUACACAGUUGUUUCAUUCAGCAGGUCUCUGGUGGCAGAUGGGCAAGCACCAUCUGGUGUGUGUCACAGGCAGCUGGUUACUGCUGGUGACGGUGAAAAUCCUGCACUGUACCGGUCAGUCAAAAUUCUGGGUUCAGGAGCUGUGCUGUGGGUUACAUUUCGGUACCUUGCUCAAGGGUGCAACAGCAGUACCCAAUCCGGGAUUUGAACCUGUAACCUCAGCGACCCUCAACCAUUGUCAUUGCUUUAGCUGUGUGCUCUCUUCUUUAGUUUUCUUGGAGAGGUAACUGGCUGACCAUGGCCUCAGGCUAAUGAGUGGAAUAUCUAGCUCUAAUACUACAUGAUAGCUGCAGACUGUGGGCUAUUGCUACUUCUCUGCUUGUGCACAGAGCACCGUAAAGACACACAGCUUGUGCAGACCGGGCGUCUAAGGGUGAUCUUGGAUUCUUAUUUUUCAUCAAACACUUAAUUUCCUUAGACUUGUAGUGAUAAAACAAACUGGUGGUCAUUUGUAGGGGUUUUUCCAUAAGAUCAUGUAUAGAACCAUCGAAAAGACAACCAGCAGGUGAGCAUGUGCAUGAGCGCAUGCUUAGGACGUUUCUUAAAAAAAAUAUUAUCAAGCUUGUCAAUAAUGCCUUACGAACCACAACAUACAUGUGAAUGAUUGGCAGGUGUUUCUUUUUUUUUUUUGUUCUUCCCCCUCAAUAUAUUACAAGAGUCCUUCAUUAAGCAACGUUUCCUUUGUUUUUAUAUUGUAUGAAAGUUUUAGCAUUUUAUAUAGCUGGCUGAUAGAGUAUAUGCAUAAGGGAAAGUGAAGGUGUUGGCUGAGGUGCGUUCGGUCUCUGCACUUUUGUUUCCACAAGAUUUAAUGGACAAUGGUUGUGAAGUUUUGAAAUGGGGGGUAAAAAUGUGGCCAACUGUUCAGUCAUGGAACAAAUGGUGUGUUCACACUCAAAAGUUAAAACUUAAGUUAGUUUUUGGAUAGUUUUUUUUUUUUUGGGGGGGAGGGGGUGAUUGGGUAUUUUCACAGUGACUAGUAUUUUGCCUACUUUUUUUUUUUUUUCAUUUUUGUUUUCUGGGAAAUGGUAGAGGAGGUUUUGUCCGCAGAGUGCCAGGAAUGGUUUCAGACUGAGAAAUAGGAAACCAGUUGAAGAAAAAGACAUUUCCUGCCAAUUUUUUUUUGUUUUGUUGCCAUUUCAGAAAAAGGUAUUUACAUAUACCCUGUUUAAUGUAAACAUAAUGUCCAGUCUUGCGUUUGUGUGACAAAGAGCGGACUCUUCCCAGUAGUGAUGGUAAAUGUGCUGCUUUGCAUAUUAGUAGAUCUUGUGGAAACAAACAGCAUUUGUUCAAUUUAGAAAUGGCUCAGAGGAAAGUUUGCAUAUAACCCAGUUGAAAUGGGGUGAUGGGGCAGCUAAAGUUUGGUUAACGGUGUUUGACUAUAUCAUGAGAGUUUUAAAUUAAUCAUUUGUAAUAUCAGAUUAAACUUGUACUUUUGGCACUAUGUGACACUGCUUUUAUGUGAUGUGUAAUACACUGAUAAGAAAGGACAUCUUUAAUGCAUAAAAACUGCAAAAUAUAUGCAAUGAUGUAUAUGUAAUAUGAAUCCUCAAAUAUAAUCCAGGUUGUGUAAACAUUGUAUAGCAAGUUUUAAUAUCUUAUGGCUGUACCAAUAUGUAUUAAUUCUUAUCGGAAGCCUUAUAGUUGUGAACCCAAAGUGCUCCCUUUUUCUAAAGUACCGUACACCUACCUGAACUUUCAAAAGCAUUAAUAACUAUAUUUUGUUUUAUUUGUACUCGUUUUGAAUAAAUUAGAUUUGUACUGUAUAUUUGUACUUUUUUGUGAACUUAGAGCUGAAUUGUUUUUUUGUUGCUGUUUUAACACAAUGUACUUAAGGACACAAAAUAUUGUAUUUUUACUGUUACAGCUAACUUCUUAUGAAAUAUUGCAUUUAUCAUGUUUAAGUAAACACAGUAUAAUAUAAUAUA